GAUUUGCGACGGUGGACGGCAGAGGUUUGAGCCCUCGCGGCUGCUGUAGCAGCAGGAGGAGCAGCAGUAGGAGGAGGAGAGCAUGACUGGUCCCUUUGACGUGGAAAUAUUUCCGUAACGAGACGAUGGAGGAGUAGCAGCAGCGUGUAGCUCGAAGCUAUCCCGCAAUAACCUUUUUCUCGAGACGCGGGAUUUAGCCCGGUUCCCGUUCGGGUCUGAGUCCACGGGAGUUACCGGACUACAGUCUGUGACAGACUGAAGCCAUCGUGUCCCCCCCGCCUCCCUCCGUUCAGCUACAAUCAUGAUUAAAGCCAUUUUAAUUUUCAACAACCAUGGGAAACCGAGGCUGUCUAAAUUCUACGAACAUUAUGUGAGUAACAGGAAUUUGAGUGAUAUUUUCAACACAUUUUGGCUUUGAUAUUUAUUUCCUGUUCAAUUUAAAGGCCACAAUUGAUAAGUAGAUUGGAAAAUUUCAAAGCAAACCUUAAAAAGAUACUUUAUUUAAUGUUUUCUCAUGCAGCAAUUGUAAUGUAGCUCCAUCUUUGUAAUGUUGUUUUGAACUGUUUGAAUGGGAGGGCGUGUGUGUGUGCGUGUGUGUGUGUGUACUUCACAGUGCUGUUGUCUCGAGCUGUUCCUGACAUAUAAAAUGUCAGCCUGCUGUCCUUUUUUUAAAAAAUAUGAAUAAUUAAACGUGUGCAAGCCGACGCCGGGCUAUCAUGUUUACCGCAGAGGCUGUGUAAACCCGGUUUGAAGCCGGUUUUCCUCAGCUGUCACGUCAAAUCCAGCUGUGCUAAUGAAUCCAGUGUAAGUGAGUUCACUCUGUUUGUGUCACAUGACUUUAAUGACGCCCUUGUGAGCAGCUCGUGCUCACUCCAUCCUUUUACUGGCACUGCUUCGACCAGCUUUAUUGCCUUUUACCUUCCUGUUCUGGUUUAAAACUACAAGAAAACGCUUCUUGCGAGAGGAGAGGGUUAUGCAAUAUCCUCUGCUAGCCAAUCUGUAUUCGCUUGUUCUCAUAAUUGGAUUUAGCUAUAUCUCAAGGUUGGCUGCCUGCCCCUUUCUUUAAUAAUUUAAUAGCAAGGUGUCCUGACAAAGAAGCAACAAAAUUAAUUAUCUGAACUGCUUCAUUAAGUGAAAAGGGAAGAGGACGUGGAAGGGCACUGAAUAUUCUUAUAGUUGAUAGUUUAAGUCAUGUUUCUGCAGUAAAUAAAAGAAUGGACAAAAACUUAUACAAGAUUGUGAAAUAGAAUAAAAGUACAAACAAACCUCAUGGAGGUAAAAUCUGAACAAUGCACUAAUGCACAGGUGUCAAACUCUGGGCCAAAUCUGGCCCGUGGAACAAUAUAUUUAUAUCUGGCUCUCAAGAUCAUGUCAUAUAUGUAUUAUCAUUGGCCCACCAGUAUGAAGUCUGCAGAGUUCCUCCAGUAUAAUAAUGUUAACUUUAGCAUCAUUAUUUAAAAUGUCUUUAAUAAACAACGAAAAUCUGGGAAAUUAAAGAGUGAGGAAGAUUUGAUAAAUAAUAGAUAAAGAAUGCGGGGGGAAAACAUUUGGUGUUUAAUUUCAUGUUUUGAAUCUUGCAUUUCAAGAUUACAAGUCAAACAUGAUUGGAUUUUUUUUAUUUCAUGCUUUGAGUUUGUUCAACUCAGUAUUUAGAAAUGUUUCAUUUUUAUACUUAAGAUUCCAAUUUUAGAUUUUAAGUCAUAUUUUGAGCUUUUAAACCUGAUUUCAACAUUCUCCUCAUGUGUUUGCUCUUUAAAAGCAUUAUUUUUCUAUUUUUAAUAUCAUGCUCUGAUCUUUUGAACUAAUAAAUACAAACAGAAUAAAAAAAAAAAAAAAAAUUCUAUCUCAGAUUGCCUAUAACUUAUCUUUUUAUCUUUUUUGGAUUUCCAAAUGAUUUAUAAUCAUUGCUGUUUUUGUUACAUAUGUUUUGAAAAGGAGGUUGCAAGAUUUGGUGAAAUGUUGACCCAGUUUGGCCCUUAGGUUAGACCAAACCUAGACCUAAAUCGACAUUACGGCCCUUGCUGUGGUUGAGUUUGACACCCCUGCACUAGUGUGAGACUGAUAUGCCUCCUAAACCCAGUUAUGUAGCAGGAUUAGUCACUGGUACGAGUUAGCCUGAUCCUAGGCCAAUCAAUUCAGUCCUAUGUUUGCAUACACAUGCUAAAUCAUGCACUAACAACCCCUGUGUUAGGAGGGAGCAGCCACAGAAAUUACUGCACUGAGGGAGCUAAUAUGUCUGCGAGAUUUACAAGUUUAUAGCUCAGCUUGCACAUUAAAAAAUGACCCCAGUGUGUUUCUCAUAAGGUAGUCUAUCAUUUCUACACUGGUUUAUAUUGCUGCGCUUGAUCGUUAAAUACUGCAUGUGCACGCAUCUGCAAUAGGACUGAAAACAAGGAACGCCUAAAAAUUAAAUUGUUUUACAUUCAAAAGGAGAAAAAUGACUUAUUAGAAUGGGUAUAACCUUAAUUUUGUGACUGCCCAGCAUAGUUAACAAAAACUUGCAAUCCAAACACAAAAUAAUUGACAUGUUACAGCAUGGAGAUGGACAUGCAUGUAUUUGUGUUCCAGGAGGAUAAACUGAAAAUGAUUGGAUUAUUAAAAGGCCUAGUGGAUUGUGGGCCAACCAUCUGUUGUAUUAAAAGCUGAGGUGUCUGCUUACUGGCUGGGAGGAUAUAAUGUUUCACACACGCUGUUAGCUGUGAAGGGAGCUUUAGCAAUCAGGUUUUUUAAGAGGGCAUUUUUGUUGGUUGUAGUUCGGGAAUAAUGAAAUAAAAGAUUGUGUUUGAGGCCGUACAGAGAAAACGUUCUGUGUGGCUGUAUUUUAUUUUCGGAGGGGGAGUGGCGGAGCUGGAGCACUGUGGUAUUAGUUACAGCUGGAUGAGACAAGUGGCAGAGUCAAAGCAGCUGUGGGAUGUAGCAUGUGAAAGAAGGUUGAGGGAAAUUAACAAUAAGUACAUGCACAUACUAACAAUCAUCUCUACAGCAUCACCAAGAAGUUAAAAAAUAAGGAGAUACAUUUCUUUAUGUUUAUAAAAACAUUUAGAGACAAUCUGACUUUCAGUUCAACUCUAUGACUUUUGCAUUUACUUGAAUUUACAUUUACUAAAAAGAAAUCAAAGCAGAAAGAUCUUUGAGUGGACUUAAAGAGACAUUACAGGUCCAGGAGGCAAGUUUUGGUCCAGAGACGGGUGCAGGCUUCCACUAAAACAUUUCAACCUACAGUUUAAAAGAUGCUGCAGCUUGUAGAAACCUUUGCUCUUAUUUAAGUUUGUAUCAUUACAUGGUGUGUACCCUGUGAGUCCCAUGCUCCAAGUCACAUUGCCAAGUUAACCUUCCAUGCAGCUGCACACUGUACAGCCUCUUCCCUCGAUGUGCUUGUUGACCUGUUAUCACCCUGAGAGGACAUUCGCACCCCUUGGUGAGGCGGACUCAGUGAUUCAGCUGCAAACAACAAGACUUUUACCACGCUUGUCUUUUGACUGAAGGUUUGGAGUUGAGACUACAACCACAGACUGCUUGAACAGACUGUACUGGAUAUUGAUGCAUUUGACAUGUUAGCCAUUUAAAGCCAAUGUAAUGUAGAAACUGUGUAAAAGCUAUCCCUCUAUCAGUUCAGUGAACUUUCAAAGCAGCUCUCAGGAUAUUUGAGGUUUGACACAGAAUCUUAUCCAUUAGCACUAAGUGAGAUAUGCUCGCUUCACACUUUGUCUUACACGAUGAAAUCAUUGCCUCUGUACGCUGUUGGCUCUAGUAUAUGUUUAAACAUGACGAAGGAAACAGUGUUUACAGCGUGUUUUUUUAAGCAGAACUGAAAAGGAAGAGGAGGGGAACACCUUCAUUUACCUGCCAACAGAGUCCUUCAGCUAGAAGUGAUGAAAUAGCUCACUGGAAGCUAUUAAGUGUGCAAACAUGUCAUUAUUUACCAUCAGGACUUUGUUUAACCUGCUCUGUUCCUCAUUAUAUCCUGCAGAGUGAAGACACAGAGCAACAGAUCAUCAGGGAAACCUUCCACUUAGUCUCCAAGAGGGAUGAGAACGUGUGUAAUUUCCUUGAAGGUGGAAUGUAAGUUGCCUGAUUAUCGAAACACUUCAGAGGCAGGUCGUAACUGCAGGGUUAGCUUAAGUUAAUACUCGAGUAGGUUUCAGACUGUAAUGGAAACAGAGAGAGAUUUCAUGAAUGGUGAUCAGUAGUAACUGUUAGAUCAUUUAUCAUUCAUGAAUGAGGAACAAACCGAGGUGUUGUUUUACUUCACUGCUUGCAUUUACUCUUACAACAGACUCUGUCAACAUGGAUUGUGACACUAAAGACAUUUGGUUAUAGAAUAUUGUAUUACAGCCCUCAUUAAGAGUUUUUAAAACAGCUAAAAAAUCCACUGAAUUUGCACCGUCGUUAAAGUGAUUACACAGGAUUAGGAGUUUAAGAAGUCUUCCUGAGCUUUUUUGAUGUGAGGUACCAUUGAUUUAUUCUGUCAUGUUUGUUUUUUGGCGUCAAAUUUCUAUCAUAUCUAUAAAUGCAAACAGUCUUUUUGCUUGUAAUGUAUCCCAUCAGAGCGUCCGUGGAUGUGACUUUUCCUUAUCUCUUGUAUUUCAGGUUGAUUGGAGGAUCAGACUACAAGCUGAUCUACAGACACUAUGCUACACUUUACUUUGUGUUCUGUGUGGACUCCUCAGAGAGUGAAUUAGGAAUUUUAGACUUAAUCCAGGUAAAAAAACAAAAACAAAAACAAAUUUUCUUUAUGUCUACUUUUGAUGCCAUGUUAUUUCUUUAACAAUGACUUUUUUUUUUCAGGUCUUUGUGGAAACGCUGGACAAAUGCUUUGAGAAUGUCUGUGAACUUGACUUAAUUUUCCAUGUAGACAAGGUAAAAAAAACUCAAAUAAGUUUAAUUUGAUCUUUAUGGUUCUACAUAUGUUUGAAUGUUCGAGCUUACUUCCUCAUACUGUGUUAUAAGAAAUCAGUUUGACAUCCUGCCUGAGUCAUUUAACCUCACAUUAAGGCUUCAUGAUUGUCUGAUAACCACAGAGUGACUUCAGCGAUGUCAUUGGUUUUGACUUCCUAAAUUUUGUAGUUGAGUAAUCGCUGAGUCAUAAUUGGUUUGUCAAAUGACUGACAUAUUUGGCGUGAGGUGUAACUCCAGUGAUGAAUCAUUUAAACAUGUCUUUAAAUACAUUCAGCAAAUCAUUGCUGAUACAGUUAGAUGAAUAUUCAUGGGGCCUGAUUAAACUAACCAGCAGCUUAAUUUUAUUCAUGGAUUCAUUCAUCACAGACUUUUUACAAGAACCAUACCAUCUUUAAUGUUCACCAGUAGUCACUCCGCUUGAAAUGUCUUUGAACGUGCUAUACAAACUGCAUGGUGUUGAUCUGUCUUAUAGAUGAUCUGGUAUUUUUACGUUACUGAGAUUUUCUUUCCUUGAAAACAAGUCUGAGUUUGUCCAACAGGAGACCUCUCUUACCCCUUAAAAACUUUCAGCUGAGUCAUAAAAGGAGAGUUUAAAGAAGAGUUUGCCCCAUAAAAAUUCCUUUUUGGUCAGCUCAACACCAAUGUAAAUUGAAGACACAAUGGAAACCCUAAACUAUAAGUAAUUCUUUAAAUUUUUGAAGUGAAUUUAACGUUUGACAUAUUAUUUCCUCAGGUGCACAACAUCCUUGCUGAGAUGGUGAUGGGCGGGAUGGUCCUGGAGACCAACAUGAAUGAAAUCAUAACACAGGUGGACGCCCAGAACAAGAUGGAGAAGUCUGAGGUAAACCUGACUCUGCCUGUCCUCUUUAUGUUUGAAUGUAUGACUUGACUUUACUUCCAUACUCUCUGAGGUACUGUGUAAAGUAUGCAGGCAUGUGUGUAUGCUGCACCCUGCAUGCUUCUCUCCGAUGACCUUGUGGAUGCUCCCUACCUAUUCUUGAGUGUUUGUGCUCUUUUCUUUCGGCCUCUCCUCUCGCUGCUGCUCUGCUCUCCACACAGGUUGAGUCUGACAUAUCCUCUCCUGUAUCUCUCAGAAUUCAAUACAGAGACAUGGUCACUUUGUCUUUAUCAUGGAGACUUACGUGUACUGUUGUCUGGUGCAUCUCUUGGCUCAACUGCAGUCUUAGAUUUGAUCAUAGAUUUGACGUAUUGAAUACAACAUGCUGAUGAAGUAGCAGUCUUAUUGAAAAGUGUUUUUUGAUAGUUUGGUAACUGCUCUUUUAGUUUUUUUUUUAUAGCCUUUUUGAACUGGUGUCUUAGCUUAGAUAUUUGCUUUACUUGAGGACAUUGCUUUGCUUCUCAUGCAGCUUCUGCUAGCAGAUUAACAUUCAUCUACUUAAACUGAAAGUUAAUCAAACAGACAGCCAGAGACAAUUCAAUGAAAUCAUAGUAUGUUUUGCAAAGUGGAUUUCAGCCGACUUUAGUAGGUAGUCCUUUAAUUUAACAGCAACAAUGACUGGGCUUCUGUUUUACCUGAAAAUCCCCGCAGUGAGUUAUUUUUUAGGUGUGAAUGAGUCUUUUACUCUGAUUUUUAACUGGCUGACAUCUUUUGUUUGCACUGACUUUUGAAUUCUUCAAAUUUUAGCCGUAACAACGAACACUUUGUCUAAUGAUCUGACCUGCUUUUUGUGCUUUUAACAAAACAGAGUCUUCUUUUUGGAUUGAUGUUCUGUAAGCGGAGUCUUUGACUGUUCUAUAAUCAUCAGAACUGCUCUGUCUUUCCCUCUUGGACCUACCCUAGACCGCAGUGUGUGGAUUUCACUCUGAUGCUAAUGCACAAUGACAUUGUCCAUUUAUAGGGCAUUCUCCGGAGAACAAGCAAUGGCCUGUUCUCCUUCCAACCGGGUUGAUUAAUGGCUCUACUCUUUUCUCAUCACGUUUUUUAGAUCCGUAUCUUUACUUUUUGCCAUAAAGCCAAUAAUGGGAGAAGGUGUAGGUCACUCUUUCUGUACAGAUGUGGUCUAUGAUAGGUCCUUUCACUUUUUUUCUGUGGAGAUAAACUGUAAUUACUUUAAUCUGCUUUAACAUUCCUCAUUCCUCUUUUUCCUGACUCUGUCUAGUUCUUUCCAUUCUUCUCUCUCUUUCUUUACAGACGUUUAUCUUUCAGUCUACCAGACAGGACAGGUAGACACAGGUACUGCUAAAUUUACAACAAAGUACUUUAACCUAAAUUGAAGUUUACCUCCCCCAGGAGUCUCUCCAUACGGCCCUCCAUGUAAUGAUAAACUGAUGUCACUAACAUACAGUAGGAAUCUUUCUCAGCAGACCCAAAAAUGUUUCCAUCAAGUUUGUAAACUCAAACAGGUCUUGUCCCUCUGUGAACGCACAGGUGGUGGACCUGAUGACAGAUACAGCUGUUUGUAUGUUUCAGUACAUACCAGUUGAUUUAGAAACACCACUAUUGUUCGAUUUUGAAUCUUAGGCUUCUGUUAACAUGAUUUUCAGAUUUAAAGAUCUUCUUCGAUGAAAGUGGAAAAGUUUAUACACUUCGUUGACUUUUCAGAAGUUACACCCAGUUACUAGACAACCAGUAGAGACGGAGUGACUGAAAGAGUUAGGAAGCUUUGCAAAAUAUAAAUAAAAACCUAUUUCCACUAGAAGUCAAAAAAUAAACACUUGUUUUAAAUUUGGUGCCAGCAACACGUUACAGAAAAGGUCGUGUUAGGGACAAUGAGAGACACUGAAAAGUUCUGUAAUGUUGAAAAAAGAAACACCUGAAGAGGCGUUUCUCAAAUACUGAGGUUGAUUUGCUACAGGUUGGUGAUAUUAGGGGUACAUAUGGGAAGGAGUUCACCUUUCUGUGAGAGACUGCGUGGGCAAAUAGUUCCUCAUCCCAUAAUUGCAUAGAAUUUCGGAAUUUUGUCAAUAACAGUGUAUAAUACCAUCAAAAGAUUGGGAAAAAGAGAUUGUUUACUGUCAGCUGUUGGUGCCAUUUUACCAUAUACUGAUAUCCCUUGAAGACAGCUCACAGGGUGCUGCUCCAGGCUUUAUUAAGGCUCUUGCACUAGAACAGACAGCAGAAUAAAACCAUUGUUUUAUUGUCCCCCAGCUGGUGUUACUAUUUCUGUAUAUAUAUUAGUCACCCAGCAUUUGGUGUAAAACUCCACCAUAAUAAAGCAGCACAGUAGGUCUCUCAAUUUUUCACUGUGAGGAAAAAAUAUCCAGAGUCCUGAAUAGUGACCCGUGUGCUGGAUCAGCAUUCCCCUCAGUUAACACCACGGUCAUUCGUCCGUCUGACACAAGUCUCCUUGAUUCCUAGCUGAGGGAGGAAUGUCUGUAGGACAAACAGUCUAUUGAUAUAACCUUGUGAAAGUGGAUAAGUCUACAUUCUUCACAUACAUGGUGGGUGUCAUCUCACUCAGGCUGCGUUUUGAGCUGUUUGGUCAUUUUUGGGUCUAUCUGCUGAAGAUUCAAUUGGGGGGAUCUCUAACUGCAGUGAUUCUCAAAUGUCUGCCCACACUCCAGACUUAAACAAUCAAAAACCGUAUCAGGCACUCUUUGCAGAUGUGUCAUAUUUGUUCCAAACACUUAAACCACCUUUAUGCUUGAAAAACUAAAUCAUUCAUAUACAACUUUACAUUGAGAUUCAUUGUGUUAGAGUGACGUGCCUCCUGUGUCCCUGAGAUUAGAUCCCCCAUCGUAGUUCAGUACCAUUAGGCAUACAGCCACCCCCGUGUCAUUUGUAGAUAACACUGUAGAUGGGUAAAUGCCACUCUUCUUUGUCUGCUCAUAAAAAUGUAUUAAUGCAAACAUAUUGAGCUUUUCAAAAAGUCAUUCUACUCACUAGGCAAACAGUAUCCCCUGCAAUACUUCAGCUAACAUCACACAGACAUGUUUUUAAAUUUAACGCACACAUUCUAUCCAUCCAAACAUCAUUUCCGUCUUCACAUCCAAAUCCAUUUUUCUGCUUUACCCAAUUCUCCUCUCGCAUUUUUACCCAAAUCGGUCCUCAAGAGUCCGGUGGGUUCACUUUCCAAGCAAUGCUGCCUUUUGUCCAUUUGAUGAAUGUCCAGUACUGCUCAGUACGUCAGAAUUAGUGAAUGAUCUAGUCCAGUAUGUCCUCACACAGUUGAUUCAUAAUUGGCUCUGGUUGUGGUGUAAAUCAUUCUGAAACCAAAUAAUGCAUGUGCAUAUGAGGCUAUGAAAGCAUCUGAAUGUACGUGUGCACAUAUUGUCCGUCCUAGUAGAUGUCAGUGCUUCUGCAUUUUGUCAGCUGUGUUCUGUCUAGUAUUCUGUUUAGCACUGUGUGUGUGUGUGUGCGUGUGUAUGUGUGCGUGUGGGUCCAGUCUUCGCUGUUAUAUGUGUCGUUCUAUAGAGCAUGAUUUCUUCAUUUACCUUGAAUCUUAUCAGCCCUCCAUGUGUGUGUUUUGUGUGUGUAGGCGGGUAUUGCAGGAGCGCCCGCUCGUGCCGUAUCAGCUGUAAAGAACAUGAACCUCCCGGAAAUGCCCAGAAACAUCAACAUUGGUGACAUCAGCAUAAAAGUGCCAAAUUUACCCUCCUUCAAAUAGUGGCAGCGAGAGAUCCUCAACCUGCAGAUGUCAGCCAAUGUUUACCAUGAUGCAAUCUGUUUACCAAAACCUCAGAUUACUUGUUUCAAAACGUUACCUCCUGAAGGUACUGUGUGAUUUGACACUCCUGGUGUUUUCUCUUUGUUUCUCCUAUUAAAGAAAAGAAAGUUUUACUUAUUGUUUGUAUUUUUUUCUGUUUGAAGGAAAAAUAAAGUAUUUAUUUAUCACUGGUACAUUCCCUCUGCCUCACUGGAGGCUGGCCCUUGAUGUUUAGCUGCUACACUGCAGAUCUGUGACAGUUUGAAACUGAAAUAUUUCAUUCAAAUAAAUGUUUAGUGAACAGAAAAAGCAGGGAGUGAAGUUUUGGGACAGUCUUGGAGGUUUGGUUCUUCCAGACCAAAGAAGUCAAUCAAUAGGAUGGGGCAUGAAACCAUUUGGAGUACCAAAUUGCGACAGGUCUGCUUGAGUAUUGACAGUCAUACAUUGAAGAUUGUUUGAAAAAUCAGUGCAAACAAUAAAGAAUUAUUAUUAUUAUUAUAUUGCAGAUAUGCUCUGUGAUAGAAAUAUGGAUAUAUAUCUGAAGUGAUUUUUUCUUGUUUGUAUGCAAAAUAUUUUUAAAUGAUUUAUCAUGUCUUAUUAAAUCUCUUAGUUUUAAUCUGUGCAUGACUUUUUUCUCUUAUUUUUCAACAUAAUAAACUGUCAAAACUCAAAUUCCAA